GGAAGUGCCUUCGCUUGUUUGACAAACUCAAUGACAAACAAGCGUUAGAGCACAGGCGUACUGAGGGACACCGACAGCAACAACGUGUAGACUACUGCGUCUGAAACCCGUGAAGACCAGAAAGUACCAGGAACUGCUCAAUUGUUUCUGUAAGCUCAUCGUUAACGCUGCUGAGUCAGUGUCGAUUCGCUUUUAAGAUUAGCACGAACACUUAGUCACAGAAGAUCACAAAGGGACACCAUCUGCUCAAUAUCACGUUCAGAACCGGCAAGAGUUGAAGUGGGGCUGAUUUUCCAUUCUGCCCGUCUUGUGCGCUCGGACGAGACACACACUGUUACCGUCUCAAUGUGGCUUUUGAGCACACCAGGGAAUUGUUUUGAUGCUUCAUUGUUUUUCAACCAACUGAGGCAAUUAAAAUACCAGUAGAAACGAAAAUUGUUGCAGCGACCUGCAUGAUGAUUUGUGGUUUUUAGGUAGUGAUGCUGGGAUGAUGGCGGAGGAGACACACACUACCGAAGCUGGGACGGGACCUUUGCUUAAUUCUACGAUUGUGGUACCGGUCGCGACAGAGGUAGUGGGGUUAAACAGCAAUGAUGCCUUGCUUACUCCGUCCAGCACUCGGGCAUUUCUGGACGUUGCUGCAACUGCGGCGGCUGUCGGUGCCGCGCAGCCCGUUAUGGGAGCCGAGGCUGUGUACACAAAUGGAAGAUACAAAGACCACGGGAGUCCCAGGGUUGGCAGCAGAAGCCGGGAUAAUUCAGCGGAGAGGAAUCCGGGAAGCUUGGUCACACCUUGUGGUAUCAUGAAGGAUGGCUCAAAGCAGAAGCAGGCACGUAAGAAGACAGUGUCGUUCAGCACCAUGCCCAAUGACCGCAAGAUCAACAGCACAGCUGCGUGCAUGGCCUUCAUGAUGGAGGGUUGUGAAAUGAAGAAGGUGCGUUCCAAUUCCCGCAUGUACAACCGCUACUUCCUGCUGGAUUCAGACAUGCGCUGGCUUCGCUGGGAACCCUCCAAGAAGGACUCGGAGAAGGCCAAGCUGGAGAUAAAGAGUAUCAAGGAGGUGCGGCUUGGGAAGAAGACCCCUGUACUGCGCAGCAAUGGCCUCUCUGACCAGUUCCCAGAGGAGUGCGUGUUCUCCAUCAUUUACGGGGACAACUAUGAGUCUUUGGACUUAGUUGCCAGCACAGCUGAUGUGGUCAACACUUGGGUGAUGGGCCUCCGCUACCUCAUAUCUUAUGGGAGACAUAUGGUGGGCAUCAUUGACCCCAGCCAGCCCAGCUUAAGGACAUCUUGGAUUGGUUCAGUGUUUGAGAUGGCAGACAUGGGUAAGGAGGGACACAUCGACCUCUCCAGGGCCAUCCAAAUUAUCAAGGGCCUGAACCCUGGCAUGAAAGCAUCACGGAUAGAGCUGAAAUUCAAAGAGCUCCAAAAGGCCAAGGAUCAAUACAGGGAAGAGAUAACUAUGGACACCUUCACCGAGGCCUACUGUGAACUCUGCACACGCCCUGAGAUUUUCUUCCUCCUAGUGCAGUUCUCCAGUAAUAAAGAGUACCUGGACUGCAAGGACCUGAUGCUCUUUGUGGAGGUGGAACAAGGGAUGGAAGGGGUGACGGAAGAGAUGUGCAUGGACAUCGUCCACAAGUUUGAGCCAUCCACAGAGGGCAAAGAGCGGGGAUACCUAUCUAUUGACGGCUUUACGCACUACCUCCUUUCCUCUGAAUGCCACAUCUUUGACCCCCAGCACAAACGAGUCUGCCAAGAUAUGACACAGCCUCUGUCCCAUUAUUAUAUCAACUCUUCACACAAUGCCUCGCUUCUCGAAGACCACUUCUGGGGCUCUUCAGACAUCAAUGGCUACAUUAGGGCUCUGAAGAUGGGCUGCCGCAGCCUGGAGGUGGUGGUCUGGGAUGGUCCUGACAACGAGCCUCACAUCUAUUUAGGUAACUCAGUUUCCUCCCAGGUGGCUUUCUGCAAGGUCCUGGAUGUAAUAAAUCAGUAUGCCUUUGAGAACUCUGAGUACCCCCUCAUCCUCUGCCUGGUUACCCACUGCUGCAUCCAUCAGCAGAAGGUCAUGGCACAGCACCUGAAGAAAAUCAUUGGGGACAAACUGUAUGUGGACCUGCCAGACUCAGAAGACCAUUACCUUCCUUGCCCUGAGAAACUGAAAGGAAAGAUUCUCCUCAAGGGCAAGUGCUUCCCUCCUAACUGCUCAGACUCUGAAGGGGAUGUUACAGAUGAGGAUGAAGGAAUGGAGAUGACAAGAAGGGCUGGGGCUGACGACAGUGACCAGCUCAAUGGGAUCAGCUGCAGAAGGCUGCGCCUGUGCAAAGAGCUGUCUGAUCUGGUCACUCUUUGCAAGUCAGUGCAGUUUAGAGACUUUGAGACCUCGAAGAGGUGCCAGAAGUACUGGGAACUGUGCUCUUUCAAUGAAGUUGAUGCCAACAGGUUUGCCAAUGAAUAUCCAGAGGACUUUGUAUGCUACAACAAGAGGUUCCUCUCCAGGGUAUACCCUAGCCCCAUGCGGAUUGAUGCCAGCAACAUGAACCCUCAGGACUUUUGGAAGUGUGGGUGUCAAAUUGUGGCUAUGAACUACCAGACACCUGGCCUUAUGAUGGACCUUAAUUUAGGCUGGUUCCGGCAGAAUGGGAACUGUGGGUAUGUGUUGCGCCCCGCCAUAAUGAGGGAGGAAGUGUCAUAUUUCAGUGCCAAUGCUCGGGACUCCUUGCCUGGCGUGUCUGCCCAACUGCUUCACAUCAAGCUCAUUAGUGGGCAGAAUUUGCCCAAGCCUAAGGGUUCAGCUGCUAAGGGAGAUGUGGUGGAGCCCUACAUCUACGUGGAGAUCCAUGGCAUCCCUGCUGACUGUGCAGAGCAAAGGACUAAGACUGUCUCUCAGAAUGGAGAUAACCCAAUUUUUGAUGAGAGCUUUGAAUUUCAGAUAAACCUCCCUGAGCUGGCAGUACUGAGAUUUGUGGUGCUGGAUGAUGACUAUAUCGGAGACGAGUUCAUUGGCCAGUACACCAUCCCCUUUGAGUGUCUGCAGCCUGGGUACCGGCACGUCCCCUUGCAGUCUUUGACCGGAGAGUUUCUGCCUAAUACUACACUCUUUGUGCACAUUGCCAUCACGAACCGCCGGGGUGGGGGUAAGGCCCACAAGCGGGGGCUUUCUGUGAGAAAGGGCAGAAAAGCGCGUGAGUACACCUCCACCAAAACCACUGGGAUCAAGGUAGUGGAUGAGCUCUUCAGGGCAUCUACACAGCCACUGAGAGAAGCAACAGACCUUAGAGAAAAUGUACAGAAUGCCAUGGUGUCCUUCAAGGAGCUGUGUGGGCUAACGCCAGCUGCCAACAUGAAACAGUGCAUCCUGACGGUGUCAACCUGGCUGCUGAACAGCGAGCGCACGCUGCGGGUCACAGUCAACCUUAGUGAGGCCUACCCCACCAUGGAGGCCCAGGGGCCUGUCCCAGAAUUGCUGCGCAAAGUCCUCACAGCCUAUGACACGAUGAUCCAAACGAGCCGCACGCUGAUUGAAUCUGCCGAUGGCGUCUACGCCAAGCUCAUGCAAGUGCAACGAGCAGGACUGGACUUCCACGAGGAUCUCCACAGGAUUGGGGCUAAGGAGGGACUGAAGGGUCGGAAGCUGCAAAAGGCCAUGGAGAGCUACGCCUGGAACAUCACUGUGCUGAAGGGGCAGGCUGACCUCCUCAAACACGCCAAGAAUGAGGCACUCGACACCUUACGGCAGAUCCACUACGCUGCCCAGUCCUGUGGCCUCAGCAAGAAUGGGGCUGCCUCCUCCCCUGAGCCACACCGCGCCCGGGCGGGACUGGACCCUAUCCCCGAGAGCGAGACUGGCAGUGACACAGGAUCCUGCUGAACUCCUGCAGGACACCAACCCACCCCUCCCAACCCCAACCCCCCCAUUCAGGGAGUGUGUCUGUGUGGUGUGGGAGAGGAGUGGGUGUCCGUCAGGCAAGGUGAAUGCAGGACAGAACGGCAGGUGGACAAACGCAAGAUUUCACAGGAGGAGAGGAAGUGGGACAGGGGUGACGUGGCUUAAGAGAGGAUGGCUGUCAGAUGUUCUUUUCACCUGGGAGAAUAAAGGAGGGACAGCAUGGAAAACAGGGAGGGGGAGACAGGAACAGAUCCGAAAGGCGACGAUAACAAGCAGAGAUAUGUGAGCUGGGGGGUAAGCAGACAGUAAAAGGGGCAUCUGUCAGGAAAAAGAGAGACGCAGAGAAAAGAAGUGGCUCUCUCCCUGCAUUCCUGUCAAGGCCCCCUGAAUGGAGGAAGUUCUUCCUGUUAGAGCUCCAGCCUGACUCUUUGCACCCCAGCCAGCUCCUGGCAGCCCCCUCCUGUCAGUGCUCCCGCCCCCUAGCUAUUGUGUUUUUGUUUUUCCCUGUCCAUGUGCUUUUGUUUUCC